AGUUUCGACUCGACUCAUCAAUACUAAAUUUAAUCAUUUAUCUUCAAUAUUUUCUCGACAUAUCUCUUAAUUUUUCGCAUAUUCACUAUAUCAAACAUCUCGCACGUUCUUACUGGACAUCUCUUCUUUGUACAUCUAAACCACCUCAGCCUCAUUUCCCUGGUCUUGUCCAGCAUAAAGAUCACUCUUUUAACUUAUUUCAAACUUAAUUUGAUCUCUUUGUAAUAUACUCACACAUUCAUCUCAGUAUCUCUUUCAAACAUAUUAAACGAUCUCAACCUCAAUUUAUCAAAUAUUGUCCACAACGGAAGCCAAUCAUUAUCAACAUUUCAUUUAUAAAUUUUCUUCCAUUGAGGUGAGUGGCAUUGCAGUGUAGAUGGAUCGAUCGAAGCACGUAGAUGGUUAUGGUUUAGAAGCUUCACUCAUUCAAAUCAUCAACUCCCACAAUUCUUCCUCUCUCAACCUCCGUCAAUCCACCGAGAAGGCAAAGAAGGAUGCAAUUCGCAGUGCGACACGGGUUUCGGAGCUGCUAGUGGACUCUGUGAAUAAAGAAGUGCAAGAAGCUUUUGUAAUGCAAAAGAGAAUCGAAAUGGAAAUUCGUGCUUUGGCUGCAAGUAUUUUGCAAUUUGGAAAGCAAACUGAUCAGUGGCUUGCUGCUUCACACUCCAUCAAUACUGCAAUUAAGGAAAUUGGAGACUUCGAGAAUUGGAUGAAAACUAUGGAGUUUGAUUGUAAAAGUAUUAAUGCUGCAAUCUGCAAUAUCCACCAAGAAUAACGUUUGAACCUGAAUUAACAAAGGCAUGUGGUUUGUAUCUAGUUAUUUAUACCCCAGUGGGGUCUCCAGUCCGAGGAGAGGAGAGGAGAGGAGAGUAGAGUGUAUGUAGAUCAUACCCCUAUUAGAGAGGCCUUUGGCGCAGUGUACAGAAUAUUCUUUUUGCAUGAAUGAUAUGAAAUUGCAUUUAUUUCUUUACGACGACUUGUAUUCUGCAUAAUUUUUACCAGUUCCUUAAGGAUUUAUUUCUAUACUAUCUGCAUACUUGGAACAGCAA